AUGAAGGACCGGCUGGAACAGCUCAAGGCGGUGAGCUCUGGCAGGGCUCUGAGCGCUGUGUCCCAACAGAAGCAGGAUGCAGAUGACGAGGAGGAGCUGGAGAUCGCCGUGGACAACACAGCGUUCAUGGAUGAGUUCUUCUCGGAGAUUGAGGAGACCCGGCAGAAUAUCGACAAGAUCUCAGAGAACGUGGAGGAAGCCAAGAAGCUCUACAGCAUCAUCCUCUCAGCCCCCAUCCCAGAGCAGAAGACCAAAGAUGACCUGGAGCAGCUGACGGCAGAGAUCAAGAAAAUGGCCAACAGUGUCCGUAACAAGCUGAAGAGUAUGGAGAGGAACAUCGAGCAGGACGAGGCACGAUCCUCAGCUGACCUCCGGAUACGCAAGUCCCAGCACUCCGUCCUGUCCCGCAAGUUCGUGGAUGUCAUGACCAAGUACAACGAGGCUCAGGUGGAUUUCCGGGAGCGGAGCAAGGGCCGGAUCCAGCGCCAGCUGGAAAUCACCGGCAAGAACACGACGGACGAGGAGCUGGAGGAGAUGCUGGAGAGUGGGAACCCCUCCAUCUUCACCUCGGGGAUCAUGGACUCGCAGAUCUCGAAGCAGGCGCUGAGCGAGAUCGAGGGGCGGCACAAGGACAUCGUGCGCCUGGAGAGCAGCAUCAAGGAGCUCCACGACAUGUUCGUGGACAUCGCCAUGCUGGUGGAGAAUCAGGGAGCCAUGAUUGACCGCAUAGAGAACAACAUGGACCAGUCUGUUGGAUUCGUGGAACGGGCCGUGGCCGACACCAAAAAGGCUGUGAAGUACCAAAGUGAGGCCAGGAGGAAGAAGAUCAUGAUCAUGUUGUGCUGCAUCAUCCUCGUCAUCAUCCUGGCAUCCAGCAUCGCGAGCAUCUUUGCCUGAGCCCCCCACCU